AUGUCGUCCACACCCUCUGCGGCCCGCCUGGCCCUGGGUGUGCUGGGUGCGGCCCUCGUGGCACCCACCCGGGCCCAGCUCUGGAACAAGACGAUCCAGACGACGUACGGCCCCGUCUCGGGCUACAAGUACUUUGACGAGUCGGUGCUCGAGGACUUCUUCGGCACGACCGAGUCGACGGUCACGGCGUUCCUGGGCAUUCCCUUUGCCGCAGACACGUCGUACCAGAACCGGUGGAAGCCCCCCCAGCCGCGUGAGGUCUGGAACGAGACCCUCGUGGCCGACACCUGGGGCGCGCCGUGUCCCAGCAAGGGCACCGCCGGGUACAGCGAGGACUGCCUCAACCUCAACAUCUGGACGUCGGCCAACUCGUCCGACGACAAGCUGCCCGUCAUCGUGUGGAACCAGGGCAGCGACGAGACCUCCAACGACGCCUGGUGGUACGGCGGCGGCAUGGCCCAGCAGCACGACGUGAUUGUCGUCACCUUCAACCGCCGCGACGACGCCUUUGGCUACCUGGCCCACCCGGAGCUCAACGCCGAGUCCCUGGCCGAGAACGGCCACAACUCGUCCGGCAACUACGGCGUGCUCGACCACCUUGAGUGCCUCAAGUGGGUGCAGAAGAACAUUGCCAACUUUGGCGGCGACCCGGACCGCGUCACCAUCCAGGGCCAGAGCUUCGGCUCCUCCCAGGUGUACCACGCCGUCAACAGCAUCCUCUUCAAGGGCCUGUUCCACGCCGCCAUCUCCGAGUCCGGCAUCCACACCCCCUAUAACCCCUGGGUUGCCGGCCUGGCCACCUCGUACGUCAACAUGAGCAUGGCCAUCGAGCACGGCCUCAACUACACCACCUACCACAACGCCACCUCCAUCGCCGAGCUGCGCGAGCUGUCCGUCGACGACCUGCUCGACGGCUCCCAGGACCGCAUCCCCACCGACGAGCUGUGGUGGGUCACGGCCAUCUGGUGCGGCUACCCUCUCAUCUUCAAGCCCGUCCUCGACGGCUAUGUCCUGCCUGAGAAGUACAUCGAGCAGGCCCUCGCCGGCCCGGCCAACGAUGUGCCCCUGAUCACGGGCGGCACCAAGGACGAGAACGGCGCCUCGCCCACCAACGACUUCACCCCCGACGAGGUCACCCUCUGGAACACCCUGCGCAUGGGCAACCUGAGCACCGACUACUUCCGCUACUACGCCGUCGGCAACACCUCCACCAACGCCAGCGAGACCUUCAACGCUGGCACCACCGACGCCGGCACCGUCUCGCAGUGGCUGUACGCCCAGGACUGGGUGCUCAAGUCCAACGCCACCUCGCCCAUCUACACCUACGCCUGGGACCACGCCCCGCCAGGCCAGGACUCGGGCGCCUUCCACCAGUCCGAGAUCAUGUACACCCUCAACGCCCUGUACGCCAACAAUGACACCUACCCCUUCACCGAGUACGACUACUACGUCCAGAGCAUGAUGUCCGCCUACUGGGCCAACUUUGCCAAGACCGGCAACCCCAACGACGGCGGCUCCUACAGCAACGGCUCCUACGAGCUGCCCUACUGGGCCCCCAACGACGGUGUCACCCGCCAGAUCAUGCGCCUUGGUGAUGGCUUUGCCAACCGCACCCUCACCCAGGUGGAUGAGCAGGUCGACCUCUGGAUCGAUUACUACGCCCAGCAGGUUCCCUUCUAAGGGAGUGGAGCGGUGGCACUGGCGUUGUUUGGCUUCUCUCCCCACCUUUUCUUCUGUCUCUUGUUGUGGUGCAGAUCGAGUACUUGAUUGUCUGUUGUCUUGGGGCGUCGAAUUUCUUUUUUUGGUGUAGAUAGUAGAAGAUGAGAAAAAUCUGUGUGUAUAUGCUACCGUCAAUGUCGAUACCAUCUUGUUGUCAACAAC